AUGCUCUCACGUGCUGCUGCAGUGAAGGCACCCCGCACACACAACCGUCGCGGCGUGACCGGAUCGAGCGGGAGGAGGAGGGAAGGAGGAGAGAGUGAGCCGCAGAGGCCCAACAUGUCCCGGCAUCCCUUCUACUCUACACUGCUGCUUCUCCUCCUCGUCGUGAUGAUGUGCUGUAACACUGUUGAGGCUCAGCAAACCAGUGAGGAGAAGUCGCCAGCACCGAUACCUUCACCAAAGACAUAUUUUGUUUGGAGAGAUGUGAAGAAUGAUAAAGAAACAGUGAUUUCUCUCCGUGUUCCCAGUCUUGUUGGGAUGAAUGGUGAUGUGUUUGCCGUUGCUGAGGCGCAGUGCAAAGGAAAGAAUGAGAAUGAAGAAUAUUUCGCUGGGAUUGCCUCGGAGCUCCUGACGUUGUCUGAUGAACAAGCAAAAGUGGAGUUGGACAAAACUAAACUGAAGACACAAGUACUGUUGGAAUGUACUGCCGAUAAAGAGAAAUGUGCCUCCCAAAACGCUGCUCUGGAAGGUGCUUCCGCAGACUCAAAGAAGAAAGUACAUGUGAGCCGACCAACAACAGUUGUGAAGGAAAACGAAAUUUACAUGCUUGUUGGGAAAUGCAGCCAGACAGCUGCCGUUGGUGCUCAGAAGAAUGAUGCCGAGGACUGCGGACUUUUGCUGGCGAAGGGGAAUUUCAGUGGUGACAGCAGUAACAAAAGAAUUUAUUGGAAUGGGAUUGACGAUCUCCAGAGCACUUAUAACAUCCAGCAAGAGGCCUUGACAGCACUGCUUGGCGGCGGUGGAUCGGGUGUUCACACGGAGGACGGUACGCUUGUGUUCCCCGUGGAAGGCACAAAGAAGGAGGAUAAAAAGACCGUUUCACUGAUCAUACACAACUCGAAGGAUACUAAGAAUUGGAAGCUGUCGAAGGAGGUUCCUGACGGUGGCUGCGGUGAUCCCUCCGUCGUUGAGUGGGGAGAGAAGGAGGACAAAAAACUCAUCAUGAUGACUGCGUGUGAUGGCCGCCGCAGGGUAUAUGAGUCCGGUGACAAGGGGGAUUCGUGGACUGAGGCGCUCGGGACACUCUCGCGUGUGUGGGGCAACAAACAGGACGAAGGAGCGAAGGCCGUUAGAAGCGGGUUCACCACAGCGACGAUUGACGGUGAUGAUAAUAACAGAAAUGUGAUGCUCGUCACUCUGCCGGUGUAUUCCGAGGAGGCUGUUACAGGGGGCAAUGGAAAGGGAAAACUCCAUCUUUGGCUGACGGACAACACGCACAUUGUUGAUAUUGGGCCGGUAUCCGAUGAUGACGCUGCCGCCAGCUCCCUGCUGUACAAAAGUGGUAAAAGUGGUGAUAAUAAGGAGGAGGAGAAGUUUAUUGCACUGUACGAGAAGGACGAUGGGAAACAAUCACACAGUCUUUGGUUUGUGCCUCUGACUGCGCAGCUACAGCGUGUGAAGGAUGUGCUGACGACGUGGAAGAAAGUGGACGACCUUGUCUCCAACCUGUGCCCCUCAAGUGCUGCAGAGAGUGGCUCAACUGGCGCUGCUCGCAGAGAUUUUAAGGUGACGGAUGGGCUGGUUGGCUUUUUGUCCGGCAACUUCUCUAAUAGCACAUGGAGGGACGAGUACCUCGGGGUGAACGCCACGGUAAAUAAUAAUGAAGGGGCUGCGAAGGCAACAUUGCAUGCCGGCGGAGUGACGUUCAAAGGAGCGUGGGCGGAGUGGCCUGUUGGCAGUCAGGGGGAUAAUCAACUGUACCACUUUGCGAACUACAAAUUCACUCUUGUGGCGACGGUGUCCAUUGACAAGGUGCCGGAGGGAGAUACCCCCAUUCCUUUGAUGGGUGUGCAGAUGAAUGACAGCGGGAAGACUGUACUCCUGGGACUGUCGUACAACAAAGAAAAGAAGUGGCAGGUGCUGUGUAGUGGCGGGCCGAUCAAGGAACACAGCAGCACUUUGGAGAAGGAUACAACACAUCAGGUGGUGAUUAUGCUACGGAACGGCACCCAGGGCUCCGCGUACGUCGAUGGUCAGCGUGUGGGUGGGGAUGUGCCGUGUGCAUUGGGAAAUAAGGAUUCAAAAGAGAUCUCCCACUUCUACAUUGGAGGGGAUGGAGAAAAGGCAGCCAACAAAGAAGGCGUGUCUGUGACUGUGACGAACGUCCUGCUGUACAACCGCCCGUUGGAUGGCAAUGAGAUUAAUGCGCUUAACCCGAAUAAAGCUUCUACUCCAAUUCUAGAAGAACAGCAAACGGCGGUGUUGGAUGCCCGUUUAACACCAGCAAGCGGAUCAGUUGCGCAGCAAACCGUGUCCUUGCCUACUCCUGCCGGACCACUGCGGGCGGAACAAGAAUCGUCGAUGAUGAGCAGUGGUGUGGGCGGUGUCGGCGUAUCCAAUUCAGGAGAGACCACUGUGACGAAUCCCCUACCUGGGUUGGACAGCGUGCAGCAGUUGGCGUCAGUAAAAUCUUCCGAUGGAACUCAAAGUGUGAAUGCCGCUUCCUCAUCUGUUGGUGACAAAAGAGUGGGAAGAGGAGCUGGAGAUGAAACGCAGAACGAUGAAACACACCAACCUUCUAUGGGUACUCCCGCCACAGCAGAUGCAAACGCUCCUACCGCUAAGGGCGUUGGGCACGAUGGACCCGCAGUGGAUCAAGAGAUGAACGCGAGCAUCCGUGAGGAUGAGGAGGCCGCAGGAGGAAUUAAUGGGCAGGAGGAUAACCAUGCACAGCACGGCGAAGUAAAUGCUGCGGCACUCAGCAGCAGCCUCGGAAAUGUGUCGCAGGGGAAUAACAGCUAUGCCGGCACUGUGCGUGGGAGCGGACUGCUGCCGCUGCUCCUUCUGUUGGGGUUGUGGGUGUUUGCGGCUCUGUGA